AUGGAGAAUGGCGACCGGAGCAGCGCCAAGAAGCCGAGGAUGGAGUCAUCACCAAGGAAUCAGGUGAAGCUAGAGGUGGCGGGGGAGGAGGAGGCAGCAAGCGGCGGACGCGCACUGCUGGUCUUGGGAGGGGAUGCCACCGCCGGCGUCGCCAUUCCUGCGAGGAUCGAGAUCGACAGGGACAUGCUCCACUGCCCGCUCUGCACCCUCCCGUUGAAGCCCCCGAUCUUCCAGUGCGGGGUCGGGCACAUGGCGUGCGGCAGCUGCCACGGCCAGCUCCCCACCAAUCAGUGCCACUCGUGCGACGGCGACGGCGGCGGCGUCUACGCGCCUUGUCCCGCCAUGGACGCCUUCGUCUCCAAGGUCCUGGUGCCGUGCCCGCACGAGGCGUACGGCUGCCGGGCCUCCGUCGCCUACUACCUGGCGGGCGACCACGGGAGCGCGUGCGCGCACGCGCCCUGCGUCUGCGGGGAGCCGGGCUGCGCGUUCCUGGGCUCGCCGCCGAUGCUCCUCGCCCACCUCGCCGCCGCGCCGCACUGCUGGCCCGUGGACAAUCUCCAGUACGGGGAGGCGCUCCGCAUCCGCGUGCCGGACACCGAGCCGCGCCGCCUGCUCGUCGCGGAGGAGCACGGCGGCGAGCGCGCUGCGCGCGCCGUCCCGGUGACGGUGGCGUGCGUGAGGGCGCCCGGCGCGGCGGCUGCCGGGCCACAGUUCACGUUGAAGAUGUGGGCGAUCGGGUGCAAAGGCCCCGCGUCGGGAAGUUUUGAUUUCUUCCGCGAUAGCAGCAAAUACAGCAUGAUCGGCUGGCGCGGCAUGUCUGCGUGGAAGGGAAUAGGAUAG